CCUGAGGGGCUGCAGGAACGGAUCCUGAUGCAGCUCUUCCGGGAUUUCUCCUUCUGCCGAACAGAGCGGGUCAAGGUUUUCCUUCCUUGCAGCGCCCACGUUCACGGUUGUGUAACCAGUCCUACGUUAUCAGUUUUUAGCAAAAAGACGAGCUGAUUUUGGACAAAAGCAGCACGCAAACGACACGAGGAUUUAAGAUGAUCACAUAUAACUGAUCUGGUAAUGAAUUAGACUUAAAUGAUGUAAGAAUUCAGCAAAUUAACCCAGUUAUCAGUUAGUUUGACAGCUCUAUAACUAAAGGACUUGUUUUCUUUCCUACCCCAAAGGUUCCCAUAGCAACACUGAUUUUGUGUGGCUGGACCAGCGGGUCUUCCCAGUUUCUGACAUUAAAGCUUCUUUGCUGCCUACCCUCUAAUCUCGCAGGGCUAAUGGCUGUACGAUGCUUUCGUUGGGGCUCCCCUAUUUUUACAUCUACGAGGCCAGUUGUCAAAAGACACGAUCUCCAUGAGGAGGCCAUAUAGUGGUGUUAUUUUUAAAUCUGCUGCUGCCACAAGGCUGCUAUACAUUGGUAUGUAACACACAACUAAAUUUAAGGCUAAAAGAUCUCAAAAAGCAACACAUUGUGCUUUUUCAAUAGAUAUUCGAGAUAAAAAUAACUCCGAACGACACUUAAAACGUCGUAGGCCUCUUGGUUUAGGUUUUAGUCAGAUUGACGAGAAAGAGGAAAAAUGGCUUCCAUGAGAGAAAAGAACAAGGGUCUGCUUCGCAUUCAUCUUGAUGAAACCGUAAGACUUCUGGGGAAAAUAUUCUGUGGACUGAUGAGACACAAGGGAAACCAUCUCAUUACAUCUGGAGCGUUCAAGUCGAACACCAUCCCAGCUUUCUAACAUGGUGGUGGGAGUGUGAUGGCCUGGGGCUGCUUCACUGUGAUUGAUGGAGCCAUUAAGUCUGCUCUACCAGAAAAUCCUGAAGGAUCAAUUCUGGCCUUUGACCUUAAGCAUAACAUUCAUCUUGGGAAAUUCUCUAAUUUGGCUAAAUUUUAGUGAUUGUAAACUUGUGACUGAUGUUAGCAGUUGUGCUGCAUUUAGUUUCAGGUUGGGUUAUCCCCAUAAUAAAAGAAACGGUCCUUUAAAAACUGCGUACGCGCGCGCGUGUCCCUGUAUGGAAUCCUUUCAUACAGGUAGUCAAGACAGAUUAGAUGCGUAAAGGCAUGCCGCAUCUCCAGGACCAGCGCGCGCACACAACAGAUGAGCGCAUCCACGAGCUGUUAGGUGUAGGGUUAAUGCCGUUUAAGGGGGCGGGGCUUGGAUCAAUAACAACCGCCUCACUUUUUGUCAACUGUUGGGUAAAAGGGAAGCAAGAACCACCGACUAGACGGGUCUGAGGGAAUAAAAACGCUCCGUUCCCGGAGGAAAAGACGCAAGGUUCGCGCUGCGGAGGAAAUUGGAGCUGACGGGAAGGAGGUGCUGGAAGUCCGAUCGCCUCCUCGCCUGUUUUUUAGCAGGAACAUCGGCUGGUUUGUGAUCGGGAGGAGAGAAAUCCCGAGUUGGUGGUUUUGGUGGAUCUGUGGGCAGAUGGUGAACGGAGGGGAUAAAGCGUCUGAAGAAGUGUUUGAGGGGAGCGCCGGCUGGCUGCUUCGUCUUACGUAACUGCUUUGUGGAGGGACUGGCAGGAAAACUGGUGCUGACCCGAUUCAUCCAAGCCAGGAAUCACAGGUGCAGAGCAAGGACAGCCGUCGCACGUUUUUUUGCGUUCACUCAAAAUGAUAGAGGAUGCUGUCUCCUUUUGCCAGUAAGCAAACUUAAAUGAAUGAGGGAUACAGACCGGGAGGAGGGACCAUCAGUGUGGAGGCUGAUCCAAACCUCCACACGGUGAACCCUGACCUGGUAACUCUCACGGACAAAAACAGGAACGUCUGCCCGGGUUUCGACCACGGAUUCCUGCAGGACGACCAGGACUUCAGCCCUCCUCCCAUGUUUGAGCAGGAAUACCUGCUUGAUGGAAAGCCCAUGGAGAAUAACUGCUUUGAUCAUCAAAAAGCUAACAGCUCCCACAUCUCAAGAGCGGCCCAGUAUGGACUUUCUGGUGAACCGGAGAGUCCAGAUCCUCAUGCUGAUGCUGCCGUAGCCAAUCACAAGGCUGGUGUGCAACAAAAUUGUAAAAGUGGUGAAUUUCACAAUGGAGGAAGAGCUAAAGUUUCUUUCAGUGAACUUCCUCUGAAUCCAGCCAAACAGGAAACUGACUGUUUGAUUCUAAAAUCAAACCACAAAGCUGAGAGUGCACAGCCUAAAGAAGAGCCCGAUUUGGUCAUUGAGGUUGGCGGGCAGACGAUCAGCGCUCACAAGUCCGUCCUGGCGGAGAAGAGCGACUACUUCAAAGCACGUCUCUCUCGCAACAUUCUCAAAGUGAAAGGUGUGAGUUACAAGACUUUGUCCACAUUGAUAGAUUACGUUUACACCUCUCAGAUCAGUGUUACCAAGGACAAUGUGGUGGAUGUCAUCACAGGGGCUAAAGUCCUGCAGAUCCCUUGUGCCGUGCAGGCAGCUAUGGACUCCAUGUCUGAGCAAAUCACCGCAGAGAACUGCUACGAAAUUCUGGCCAUCUCUAAGAAGCAGCGCCUGAGUGAACUGAAGGAGACGGCGUACGGCUUCAUGAGUGACAACUUCCUCCAGGUCCUCAAAGACCCCGCUGUCUACGGACGUUUGACGGGGUCGGAAAGGGACCUGAUAUUGAAGAAGAGGAUGGACGGGAGGAAGAUACUGAUGGUUGCCGAGGUAAAUGAUGUGUUUGAUCGAGUUGGAAGCCGUCCGCCAAGUCGCUGCGGAAGCCGACCACAGAGCCCCCUGUCUGCUGGGUCUACGGAGGAGAACUUUUUGAUUUACUUCUUCAGUGAAGCAGAGAACGACUGGAGACCUUUGACUGCGAUGCCCGAGGACAUAAACACUAAAGGGUGUGGGAUCUGCACCAUGUUUAACUAUCUGUUUGUGGCUGGGGGGAUAAAGGGCUAUGGGGACAAGGGCAAGGUGUCUGACAAGGUCUUCUAUUACAACCCCUUAACCAACCGUUGGGCUGAGAUCAGACCGAUGAACCAGGCUCGAGCUCAGUUGAAGCUUGUGUCCAUGGAUGGCCACCUGUACGCCAUCGGAGGCGAGUGUUUGUUCACAGUGGAGAAAUAUGACCCUCGAAUGGACCGCUGGACAUCGAUUGCCCCCUUGCCUAAGGGAGCCUUCGCUGUGGCCCACGAAGCCACCACCUGCAGUGGAGAACUCUACGUCUCAGGAGGUUCUCUCUUCUACCGCCUUGUCAAAUAUGACCCCAAGAGGGAUGAGUGGCACGAGUGUCCCUUCAACAACAGCAGGAAGAAGUCCUCCGACAUGGUGGCGCUGAAGAGCUUCAUCUACCGCUUCGAUGUCAACAGAGAAGAGGGGAUCAACGUCUUCAAGUACAACACCAUAGUGAAGAUGUGGCACGACUGUGCAUCCCAGAGGCCGGGGAGUCAUUUACCUUUCAGGUGUGCCGUUGUCGGAAACUGCAUCUACUGUGUGAACAAAAGCCAGACUCUUCAGUUCGUGGUGGAGGAGGAGAACGCCUACUUCGUCGAGGAGGCCCUGAAGGCACCUCUGGAGGCGAAGGGCGUCCUUUUUCCUUUCGUACUCAGUUUGCCUGAAAAAUCUGAAAAGGUUACAUAGUGUGUGUUUGUGUGAAUGUGUUUGUGUGUGGGCGAUCCAGAACAACACAAUAAUCGUGACUCAGUGAAUCUACGAUAAGUAGAAGACCCUUUAUUCAUUUUCAGCGUCAGCUUUCAGUCUCGGUGUUUCAAUGCCUGCUUGCAGUGGAAUGUGUGUACUUGCAUGGCUAUUUAAUGCAUCUACAGGGUGAAGCCUUAAUGUUUUUUUCCAACUGUAUUGUAGACAUGACAUGAUGAAAGUGAUUCUACCAUGUUCACUUUUCUGUGGUGCAGUUUUUGCAUUUAGAAUAGGAAAUAUUCAGAGUAUAGUUGAUUGGUUACUAUGGUAACACUAAUGUUCCGUUUAGAGUUGUAUUUUGUAAAAAAAAAGAACAUGUUUCAGACCCUGUACGCACGUAGCCGGGCACCCCACAAAAUGAAGAUGUUUUUCUACGUGUUGGCCGGUCAUCCUCUUGAAAGUGACGAUACACGACGCCAAAAAUGAUUCUGUCAAAAACUCCAACCAAAGUGGAGAUUUGUGUGUUCUCUUGUCGGCGCUAAGUUAGAUUUCACAAUGCCACCACCAACAAAGUACUCCGACGUCUCGCGUGUGACCUGUGUUAACGCCAAGUUACUGCUCUACGUAGAAGAACACAGGUGAAGGACGACGUUAAACGUGGUUAUUGUCCACCACUUUCUUAUUCCACACCCGAGGAAUAUUUUUCUGCAGAGAUGCUGAAAAUUUGGAGCACCACUGUCACCUCUACAAGCCUGGCAUGCCGAUGGCAUUUGCUUUGCAAUGCACUGGAUUUAUUCGCUGAAAACCAGGUGGUGUGGACCCAAGUUUUUAUUUCUAGAUGGGCAGGGGAGGAUACCGGCUUUGUGUGUACACGACCUUGGUGCGCUUUAUGAAUGACGCGACACGGGCUCUCUGCAAACGAAUGAGCAUUAAAAAAGUUUUGGGUUGAAUUUGACAAAAGUUUAUUUUUGAAUAUUAAUUAAACAUGUUUUAACUAAGAACAUUUAAAAUAGAUUCAAAAACAUAUUUUUGCAUUCAGAACACAAUAUUUUAGUUAGGGUUAAAAGUAGGUCAAACACCAUUUAGCUUGUUUUUUUUCCAUUUAAAAUUUUUGAGACUUAAGUUCUUUUAAAAAAGGAUGAAAAGUUUAACCCCAGUAAUUCCACCCCUAAAGCCUUUUUUUUUUUUUUUUUUUUUUUGAGAGGAGGAUUCUCAGGAUGACCAAAAUCCGGUGCGUUCAUUGCCUUUGUUGGUUCCAUAAUGACGUUGCUUUAUGACACUAAAAAGCCAUGAUCGCCAGUGCACAUCAACAAAAGUUUUAAUCUAAACUUCCUACAGUUAUUCCAACGUUUUUCUGUAUUUCUGUGCUGCCAUAACACAGUGAGACUCUUGUAGGCUGUGGAAGGCCAUUAUGGUUGUGGAGUUGUUCAUCUGAUUCCUGGUUAAUGGAUGUGGUUUUGAUAUUUUUCCAGCUGACUUGUGUUUUGUGAGCUUUUUGUAUGAAUUAUGGCAACGCUGGACGCUCCGCUGUGAUGGACAAGUAUAAAUUGGUGCAAAACCAUAACUUCCUGUUAAUGAGCUCUGAAAUAAGUAGUUGGAUCUUGUUUAUCAGUGCUUCAAAUAAAAUAUUUUGUCUUGAAAUUA